AUGGAGCAAGCUCAAGACCCAGCUAAAGUGGUCCCUAGAAGGAGAAGAGCAGCUAAGACGGUAUACCAAGAAUGGCUAACUAAAGGUCCAUUACCUGGACUAGAGGUAGCAACACAUGUAGACCAACCAAGCUCUUCCAUGAGUACACUUCCUGCACCGGUUCCGCAAGCACAAAGCUCAAAGGAGAUGACCCCUCAAAGUCCAAGGCAAACAGGUAAAUGGAAAACAACUACAACUAGUCCUGAAUUCAAUAAUGACAAUUUUCCUGCUCUUGGAACUGUGGUAAAAACAAAUGAGAAUGGAGAUAAAAUUAAUGCACCUACUAAAAGAGGGACAGCUGGGACUUUUGAAUAUCUAAUAACAGUAAUUUAUGGGUAUAAUAGCAUGGAGCAGAGGAAAGCACUCUGGGCUGACCUGACUGAUGUGGCUCAAGGAGUGACCUUACCUUGGCUUAUCUGUGGUGAUUUCAACUCAGUGUUAUUACCUGAUGAUAGACUAUAUGGAAACCCUGGUGAAUAUUACACGUGGAGUAACAAACAGAGUGGGGCAGAUAGAAACUUGAGUAGAAUAGACAGAGCAUUUAGUAACCAUGAUUGGAUGAUGUUAUGGGGGCAUGUAACACUGAAAUAUGACCUACCUAAUAUCUCAUAUCAUGCCCCUAUGAUACUAAAUGCUGAAGAAUUCCGAGGACUAAAGCUGAGAAUAGUACAUGCUAUGCAAGAACUGGCAGAGAUACAAAAGCAAAUUGACACUCAUGUUGAUGAUGUAUUAUUGCAACAAGAGAAAACUGCUCUACAAAACCUUGAAAAGUGGUCUUUGCUUAAGGAGAGUGCUCUCAAGCAAAAAUCUAGAACUAAGUGGAUACAUUUAGGUGAUGGUAACUCCAAGUAUUUUUAUGCUGUUAUAAAAGAAAGAAAUCAGAGAAAGAAAAUAGUGGAGAUCAAUUCACUCACAGGCAACAAACUUACAGAACCUACAGAGAUCAAAACAGAGAUAUUACAGUUUUAUAAGUCCCUAAUGGUUACUGAUGCUGAAAUAGUUAAGGGUCGGCAGUCUAUUGGAGAUGAUAAGUCACCUGGCAUUGAUGGAUUCAAUUCAGUUUUUUUAAAGAAAGCAUGGCCUGUAAUCAAAACUGAUAUUCUCAAAUCUGUCGAGUCUUUCUUUACAACAGAAAAACUGUACCAAGCAAUCAACUGUACAGCAGUUACAUUGGUACCUAAGACUCCUAAACCUGCUACAGUUAAGGAGUUCCAGCCAAUUGCUUGCUGUACUAUCCUCUACAAACUCAUUGCUUUAGGGUUACAAGCUAACCUUGGGAAAAGCUCAGUGUAUUUUGGUGGUACUAAACAGGAGGUGCAAGACAGUAUCCUAUCCCUCCUUGGUUAUUCAUGUGGAGAAUUACCAUUCAAGUUCCUAGAAGUCCCUCUUUACACUAAGAAGUUGACUAUGGUCCGGUGGUUGCCAUUAAUUGAGAAGAUAACUGCUAAAAUCUCAACUUGGACAGCUAAGAAACUAUCAUAUGUUGGCAGACUACAAUUGGUACAAGUUGUUAUAUUUGGUAUUCAGGCAUACCGGUCUCAAAUGUUCAUAAUUCCUAGCAAAGUCCUCAAAGCUAUAGAGUCAUACUGCAGGAGCUAUGUUUGGUCUGGGACAAAUAUAAUAACUAAGAAAGCUCUUAUGGCUUGGGAAAGGGUAUGCACUCCAAAAUCAGCAGGUGGACUUAACUUGACAAAUUUGCAACUCUGGAAUAAAGCAGCUAUAGCCGAAACCUGUUGGGAUUUGGAACACAAACAAGAUAAACUUUGGAUUCGGUGGAUUCAUGCUUUUUAUAUCAAGGAGCAGCAAUUUCAUGAGGCAAAACCACCACAGCAAGGUUGUUGGAUAGUAAGGAAAAUCUUGGAAGCUAGAGUAUUGACUGAACAGAUUCAGCACAACAACUUUACUGGAAAGUCUAUUAUUAGACAUAUAUAUCUCCAGUUACAUGGAUCCUGCCAAAGACCUUUAUAG